AUGGCUAUGGAUUCUGAAGGCUCAACUGGAGACCUGCUAUGCAUAUGGGACCCAGAGGUACUGCAAUUACCUGAAUGUUGCUGUAAUAGAAAGUUCAUAGUCAUACUAAUAUUAGGUGAAAGGAGGGGUUGCUCUAGAAGGGAUAAAGAGAUGAAAGAACUCAAUGAUUUUAUUGAUAAGCAUGAAGCUUUGAAAUUAGCUCUAAAACAGUGGAGUAGAGAAGUCUUUAGAAAUGUUCACAAACUAAAGCAAGCAGAGGAAGAGCUGCAUGAUCUUGACCUCUUGGCUAAAGGAAUGGACAUAAAUGCUAUGGAGAAAGCAAGAAGAAGAGAGGUUAGACUUAAAGUGGGGAGAUUGAGUAGGAUGGUAAAAUGGAUAUGGUUACAAAAGUCUAGGUUAAACUGGGCUUUAAAGGGGGAUAAGAAUACCAGGUUCUUUCAUAUCAUGUCCAGAAGUAGACAAAACAGAAAUGAUAUUAAUUCUGUUAAGGUGAGGGAUGUGGUGCUUGACGAUCCUAGUGAGGUUAACUCUAGGGUGUAUAAUCAUUUCAAGAACCACUUUUUGGAGUCAUGGAAGUCAAGACCUAAGCUUGGUGGCCAAUUCAAAUCAGUGAGGAGGAGCCCAGCUUUUAAUAAAUUAGAAGCUGCUCUCUCAGAAGAAGAAAUCAAGGCUAUAGUGUUCGAAUGUGAUGGUAACAAAGCACCGGGUCUAGAUGGCUUUAACCUGGCUUACUUCUAG